AUUGAGUAGCUCACAGCUGUUGAAAUAAGUUUCUAACCCCUGCUUUGAAGAUAGAUAACAACAAACAUUUGCAAUCUGAGCCAAUUUAAACUGUUGUAAAUCUCUCACCCACUGAUGAGAAAGCAAUUCCCUCCCCCCCUUCCACAGUGGGCAGAACAACCCGGCUGUGUUUCUUGCCUGGGAAUCUUGUCUCCAUGGCAGUGAUCAGCCAGUGGCAUUGACAGGACGGAUAGGCCUUAUCAUCUGUCCUGGACUGAGCCUGGGCAAUCUUUCAAGCUGGGAACCGCAGCAGCCAGUUCAAAGCAGCAGGAGGAGCAGCUCCCCAGUCAGUGUGCAGGAAAAUGGACGUAACUAUGGCUGUUCUGUUGGCAUUGGUUCUGGGACUUCUUAUGGUCAAGUUUGCUUUGUUUCAGCCAAGAAACCCAAAUUCCCCACCUUGCGUUAGUGGCUGGAUCCCUUGGUUGGGAGCUGCAUUUGAGUUUGGGAAAGCUCCCCUGGAGUUUAUAGAACAAGCCAGAGUCAAGUAUGGGCCAGUAUUCACAGUGUUUGCUCUGGGAAACCGAUUCACCUUUGUGACUGAGGAAGAGGGGAUUGAAGCAUUUUUUACAUCUAAGGACAUAGAUUUUGAGCAGGCGGUGCAGCAAACGGUCCAGCGCACAACUUCAAUUCCUGCAGAAAUCUUUUAUCGGAACCGUAGCAGACUCUAUAGCAUGAUGAAAGGAAAAAUGGGUACCUCUAGCCUGUACCUUUUUGCUGGGACUCUGUGUCAAGAAUUACACGAGCACAUGGACUGCUUGGGCACAGCAGGAACUGAGAAUCUCAGUGAUCUAAUAAGAUCUGUCAUGUAUCCAGCAACCGUAAAUAUCUUAUUUGGAAAAGGUGUCUGUCCAACAAACAAGAGUGACAUCAAGGAGUUUGAAGAGCAUUUUCAGAAGUAUGAUGAGGAUUUUGAAUAUGGGUCCCAGAUGCCUGAGUAUUUUAUGAGAAACUGGUCUAAAUCCAAAAAAUGGCUUCUAAAAGUGUUUGACAAAGUGGUAUCAGACGCUGAGAGAGCCAACCCGCCAGAGAGCAAUUCCAAGACACUGCUGCAGCAUCUCCUGGAUAACUUGCAUGGAAAACAUUUAGCUCCCAAUUAUGCUCUCUUAUUGCUCUGGGCCUCCCAAGCGAAUGCUAUGCCUGUGGCAUUUUGGACCCUGGCAUUUAUACUAUCCCACACUUCUAUUUACAAGAAGAUCAUGGAGGACAUCGUUUCUGUUUUUGGCAAAGCAGGUAAAGAGAAUAUUGAAAUAUCUGAAGAUGACCUUAAGAAGCUUCUCUUAAUUAAAUGGUGCACUUUGGAAGCCAUCCGACUAAGGUCUCCAGGUGCAAUCACUAAGAAAGUGGUGAAUCCAAUAAAAAUUCAGACUUUCACCAUCCCUGCAGGUGACAUGCUGAUGUUGUCUCCAUAUUGGGUGCAUAGGAAUCCAAAAUACUUUCCUGAUCCUGAAACAUUCAAACCUGAUCGUUGGAAAGAGGCAAAUUUAGAGAAGAAUGCUUUCUUGGACGGCUUCGUGGCAUUUGGAGGAGGGAAGCAUCAAUGUCCAGGAAGGUGGCUUGCUAUAAUGGAGGUUCACAUGCUAGUCGUUUUGUUCCUUUACAAAUACGAAUUUAUUCUUUUGGACCCAGUACCAAAGGAGAGCCUUCUCCAUUUAGUGGGGACACAGCAGCCCGUGGGAGCAUGCCGGGUUCAGUAUAAACUCCGGCAAUGAAAGCUGACUUGACUAAGUCUGGUUCCUUUGCCAGCCGCUGUCUGUGACGGACCAUUGCUCUGUUUCACUUUGGCAUGUCCUAUGUGCCCCAUGUAGUCAGUGCCAUAAGCAGAUUUUUAAAUAGUUUCAAAUGCUGUAUGUACUCUGCGUAGUUUUUAUAUCAUGCCCAUCACUGUGGUAUCUAAGCACCUGGGCCUGAUUAUCUAGGACACAGUAUUUAAAACGCAGCCUUCCUUUAUGUAUCUGCAAAAAGAAGAACAGGAGGACUUGUGGCACCUUAGAGACUAACAAAUUUAUUAGAGCAUAAGCUUUCAGCUUUAUUAGAGCUGAAACUUUUCUUUAUGUAUCUGCAAUUUGUGGGUGCAAUCACUGGCAGUGUGUAGCUAUCUAACUUGCUGACUGCACCCACAAGUCAGGCAUUUAGGGGCCAGAUUCAUUAUGCUCACUAUUACUUUGGGGCACCAAGUGGGAGGCUGUGCUGGGAGCUCUUUGCAAAUCAGGUCCUGUUGGCUCAAUUCACAGUUAUGCUGCAUGUUCACUUAGACCAGUGCAAAGUGGCUGGUAAGCGUUAGCGGGUCAGAACAGUAAUACUUUGCACUGGUGUCAAUGAAUGCACAAAGUGCAGGACAGUAGUGAAUUGGGCCCUCUGGAUCAAAUCCUCAGCUGGUGUAAAUCAGCAUAACUCCUCUGUCUUUGCUGGAACAUUCCUGAUUUACACCAGAGGAGGAGCUGACUUGUGUCUAAACUAAGGCUAAAUGAUUGUAAAUGAAAUAUAUGAAAAGUGAAAGUGAUCCUGCACCCUUGGUGCAGCCAAAACUCCCACUGACUUUUGUUGGGCUUUGGUUGCUCCAGGGAUGCAGAAUUGCCCCCUACCUUAUAGUCCAAUGAAAGCCUUGCCAUGAUGUUUGUUUUCCAUUUUAUACUUUGCAAGAAUUUGCAAGAAAACUUUGUCUAAGGUCUAGAAGACUUCUGCUUUCUUUUAAGAUUUACAGCAUGUGAGAUGCCAACCUUUUUUGGCUGUGGCACAAAUCUAAAAAUAUCUAACCCUAAAAAGAAAAUCUGGAAUAAAGCACUGUUAGAGGAAGCAGUUCAACAAAUUAAAAAUGUCUUUUAGAAUAUACAAAAUUUUAACUGCUGUCAGAUUUGAUACACUAUAAUAGCCUUGUUUGUAUAUCUUUAGUUUUAAGUAAAGACUACUGAUCACUUUUACAAAUAUUUGCCCCUCAAAAGGGCAUUUUAAAACACUAAGAACUACAGAAUAAAGUUCCAUAGGGAAAAAAGUAUAUAACAGUUAAAUUGAUGCACUAAAUUGAUGACCGGAUCCUAUCUCGCUUGGUUUAUGGAUCUGACAGUAUUGCAAGCUAGCCACAUGGUUGGCUAGUGAUUUUGGUAGUGGUACAUUAUAGUGGUCUCUAGUUGUGCUCAUUAUAGUUACAUCUGCAAGACAGUUUCCACUCUCACCUCCUGUUUUUAGUUGCUUAAGUGGUUCUGAAACACUUACCUUUAGAGCUGAUACAGACUAACACGGCUGCUACUCUGAAACUUAUCUUUAGAGCUGAUAUUUUCAUGUGUGGUCACUGCCUAAUAGUAUGUGUCUUUAUAUAUUUUUAAUUUUUGAAAGUUUGAGCAAAAUCUGUUCUGGUAUUUUGCAAUCACGAGCAUGGAAAAUGUCUUUCCCGUUGCUUUAAAAUAAACACUCUCAUGUUAUUUUUCCCCAAAAGGGCAACAUCACACUUGAUACACCAGUAAUCCCUAAUGAGCAGUAAUGACACUAUGUGCUAUGAACUAUUUUUUUUUUGCAGCAAAGUUAUGUGUUACCAGAUUUGCCUGUUACUUUGGGGUAUACUCAUUUAUUAGGGUU